UUAGAAGUCAGGGCUGGACAAAAAGGAAUCAGGAAGGGACUACGAUGACAUCAGCAGUACUGGUAGACAUCCAGGAGGAGGUGACCUGCCCCAUCUGCCUGGAGCUCCUGUCAGAACCCCUGAGCAUAGACUGUGGCCACAGCUUCUGCCAAGCCUGCAUCACAGCCAAUAACAAGGAAUCGGUAAUCACCCAAGAAGGGGUGAGCAGCUGCCCGGUAUGCAAAAUUACCUACCAGCUUGGGAACCUCCGCCCUAAUCGGCACCUGGCCAACAUAGCAGAGAGACUCAGAGAGGUGGUGCUGGGCUCCGGGAGGCAGCUGAUGGCGAUUCUCUGUGAGCUCCAUGGUGAGAAACUCCAGCUGUUCUGCAAGGAGGACGGGAAGGUCAUUUGCUGGCUCUGCGAGCGGUCUCAAGAGCACCGUGGUCACCAGACAUUCCUCAUGGAGGAGGUUGCCCAGGAGUACCAGGAAAAGUUUCGGGAAUCUCUGAGGAAGCUGAGGCAAGAGCAGCAGGAAUUGGAGAAACUUAACACUGUUAUUAGAAAGAAGAGAGUAUCUUGGAAGAAUCAGGUGGAACCAGAGAGACACAGAAUCCAGAAAGAAUUUCGUAAGUUGAGAAGCAUCCUGGACAAAGAGGAACAGCGGCAACUGAAAAAACUAGAAGAAGAAGAGAGGAAAGGGUUGAGUAUUAUAGAAAGGGCCGAGGAUGAGCUGGUCCGGCAGAGCCUGUCACUAGGAGAACUGGUCUCAGAUCUGGAGCAACGGUGUCAGGGGUCGACAAUGGAACUGCUGCAGGAUGUGAGUGAUGUCACGAAAAGGAGUGAGGGCUGGACCCUGAAGAAGCCAGAAACUCUGCCCACCAAGCUAAAGAGUGGAUUUCGAGCCCCAGACCUGAAAAAGAUGCUGCGAGUGUUUAGAGAGUUGACAGACGUUCAGAGCUACUGGGUGGACGUAACUCUGAAUCCACACACAGCUACUCUAAAUCUUGUGCUGUCUAAAAACCGGAGGCAGGUGAGAUACGUGGGUGGUGAGUUGUCGGGGUCUCCCCUUGAAGAGCAUUAUGAAUGCAGCAUCCUUGGCACUCAGCACUUCUCCUCGGGAAAGCGUUACUGGGAAGUUGACGUGGCCAAGAAGACAGACUGGAUCUUAGGGGUGUGCAGUCACUCGGAGGGACCGUUCUCUUUCAGCCAGUUUGUGCACAACCGAAACACUUACUCCAGGUACCAACCUCAGAGUGGGUACUGGGUGAUCGGGUUACAUCAUAAACAUGAAUACCGAGCCUAUGAGGACUCCUCCACUUCCCUGCUCCUCUCCAUGACAGUGCCCCCUCGCCGUGUGGGGGUGUUUUUAGACUAUGAGGCUGGCACUGUCUCCUUUUAUAAUGUCACUAAUAAUGGUUUCCCUAUCUACACCUUCUCUAAAUAUUACUUUCCUACCUCCCUUUGUCCAUAUUUUAAUCCUUGCAACUGUGUAGUCCCCAUGACCCUGCGUCGCCCAAGCUCUUGA